CGCCCGGCCCCCGCCGCCCGCAAGAUUCAUUCAUGUUGCUGUGACCCAGCGGCGCCGAGAUGAAGACGGAGCUGUGCGCGGCGCUGGCCGCCCUCUGCGCGGCCGCCCUGCUCUCCUGCGCAGAGGCCGAAGUUGAUCCACCAUCAGACUUGAAUUUUACAAUUAUAGAUGAACAUAAUGUUCAAAUGUCAUGGAAAAGGCCACCUGGCGCAAUAGUGGGUUACAGGAUAACGGUGGUCCCUACAAAUGAUGGACCUACUAAAGAAUUUACUCUUUCACCUAGUACUACUCAAACAGUUUUAUCAGAUCUUAUACCUGAUCUAGAGUAUGUUGUAUCAAUAGCUUCAUAUGAUGAAAGAGAGGAGAGUCUACCUGUUUUUGGCCAACUGACAAUUCAGACAGGUGGUCCAGGAAUACCAGAGGAAAAGAAGGUUGAGACUCAAUUACAAAGAUGCUCUAUAAGUGCAGUGACAGAUUUGGUUUUCCUGGUAGAUGGUUCUUGGAGUGUAGGGAGAAGUAACUUCAGAUAUAUUGUGGACUUCAUGGUUGCCCUUGUAUCAGCUUUCGACAUUGGGGAAGACAAGACAAGAGUUGGAGUUGUUCAGUACAGUUCAGAUACAAGAACAGAAUUCAACUUAAAUCAAUAUUUUAAAAGAAGUGAUCUUAUUGAUGCAAUUAAAAGGAUACCUUACAAAGGUGGCAAUACAAUGACAGGUGAAGCUAUUGAUUACCUGGUUAAAAACACCUUUACUGAGUCUGCUGGAGCAAGAAAAGGCUUUCCUAAAGUAGCAAUUGUCAUUACGGAUGGAAAAGCUCAAGAUGAAGUAGAAAUUCCUGCAAGAGAGCUUCGCAACAUAGGAGUUGAAGUUUUUUCUUUAGGAAUCAAAGCAGCAGAUGCAAAAGAACUCAAGGUAAUUGCAUCUCAACCUUCCCUGAAGCAUGUUUUCAAUGUGGCUAAUUUUGAUGGGAUUACGGACAUACAGAAUGAAAUUAUCUUGCAAGUGUGCUCUGGUGUUGAUGAACAACUUGGUGAAUUGGUUAGUGGAGAAGAAGUGGUGGAGCCUCCUUCAAAUCUCUUGGCUGCUCAGAUCUCCUCAAAAUCUAUUAGGAUCACUUGGGAUCCAUCCACAAGCCAAAUAACUGGCUAUAGGGUGCAGUUCAUUCCAAUGAUAGCUGGUGGAAAACAACAUGCACUGAAUGUGGGGCCUCAGACUACUGCUCUGAAUGUAAAAGAUCUCUCUCCGGACACAGAAUAUCAAAUUAAUGUUUAUGCAAUGAAAGGACUGACCCCCAGUGAGCCAGUAACUAUAAUGGAAAAAACACAACAAGUAAAAGUUCAAGUGGAAUGCUCACGUGGUGUGGAUGUAAAAGCUGAUGUUGUGUUUUUAGUGGAUGGCUCCUACAGCAUUGGUAUCGCCAAUUUUGUUAAAGUAAGAGCCUUUUUGGAAGUGUUAGUUAAAAGCUUUGAGAUAUCACCUCGAAAAGUACAGAUAAGUCUUGUCCAGUACAGCAGAGAUCCCCAUAUGGAGUUUUCUUUGAACAGAUUCAACAGAGUGGAAGAUAUAAUUCAGGCUAUUAACACCUUCCCCUACAGAGGUGGAUCUACCAACACAGGCAAAGCGAUGACAUAUGUGAGGGAGAAAGUAUUUGUUACCAGCAAAGGAUCAAGACCAAAUGUGCCAAGAGUCAUGAUUCUUAUUACUGAUGGAAAAUCAUCAGAUGCAUUCAAGGAACCUGCUAUAAAGCUGAGAGAUGCAGAUGUAGAAAUAUUUGCAGUCGGUGUGAAGGAUGCAGUGCGUACAGAGUUAGAAGCAAUUGCUUCACCUCCUGCUGAAACUCAUGUUUACACAGUGGAAGAUUUUGAUGCUUUCCAAAGAAUAUCAUUUGAACUUACACAGUCUGUCUGCCUACGGAUUGAACAGGAACUGGCUGCUAUUAGGAAAAAAUCUUACAUACCUGCAAAGAAUAUGGUCUUUUCUGAUGUAACGUCWGACAGUUUCAAAGUGAGCUGGUCUCCAGCUGGAUCUGAGGUUUUGUCUUAUCUCAUUAAAUAUAAAGUAGCUGUCGGUGGAGAUGAAUUCAUUGUUUCAGUACCAGCUUCAAGUACUAGCUCAGUUCUCACCAAUUUACUGCCUGAGACUACUUAUGCAGUCAGUGUGAUUGCUGAAUAUGAAGAUGGUGAUGGCCCUCCCUUGGAUGGAGAGGAAACUACUUUAGAAGUUAAAGGUGCUCCUCGAAACCUAAAGAUAACAGAUGAAACUACUGACAGCUUUAUAGUUAGCUGGACUCCAGCUCCAGGGAAUGUUCUGCGGUACAGGCUUGCCUAUAGACCACUUGCUGGAGGACAGAGGAGAGAAGUGACUGUCUCAGCAAAUGAAAGGUCAACUACUCUGCAGAACUUGAUUCCAGAUACAAGAUAUGAAGUGUCUGUUAUUCCUGAGUAUCAGUCUGGGCCUGGGAGUUCACUGAGUGGAUACGCCAAAACUGAUGAAGUCCGAGGAAAUCCAAGAAAUCUGAGAGUUUCUGAUGCUACAACAUCAACGAUGAAGCUGUCUUGGAGUGCUGCUCCUGGCAAAGUGCAGCAGUACUUUAUAACUUACACACCAGUCGCAGGAGGGGAAACCAAGGAAGAGACUGUGAAAGGUGACACUACCUCAAAAGUGCUGAGAGGCUUAGACCAGGGGACUAGGUAUGCAUUGACUGUGUCUGCCUUGUAUGCCUCUGGAGCAGGAGACGCCCUUUCUGGAGAAGGAGAAACACUUGAAGAACGUGGUUCACCUCGUAACUUGGUUACCACAGACAUAACUGACACCACUGUUGGGUUAUCAUGGACACCAGCUCCAGGAGCAGUUCAUGAUUACAGGAUAGUAUGGAAAUCACUUUAUGAUGAUACAAUGGGAGAGAAGAGAGUACCUGGAAAUAUAGUGGAUGCUGUGCUGGAAGGCUUGGAGCCAGAGACUAAGUACAGGAUUUCAGUAUAUGCAACCUACAGCAGUGGAGAAGGAGACCCUGUAGAAGGAGAGGCUUUUACUGAUGUGUCACCAAAUGCCAGGACUGUGACAGUAGACAACGAGACGGAGCAUACAAUGAGAGUUACAUGGCAGCCGUCACCUGGGAAAGUCUUGUCUUACCGUGUUUACUACCGACCACGGAGUGGAGGAAGGCAGAUGUUUGGAAGAGUAAAUGCUCCUGCCACAAGCAUAGUGUUGAAGCGCCUUAAGCCUCAAACUACGUAUGACCUCAGUGUUGUUCCAAUUUAUGAUUUCGGACAAGGAAAAUCAAGAAAAGCAGAAGGAACAACAGCCUCUCCCUUUAAGCCACCUAGAAAUCUUAGGACUUCUGAUUCUACUAUGUCAAGUUUCCGAGUAACCUGGGAGCCAGCCCCAGGGCAAGUGAAGGGUUACAAAGUAACUUUUCACCCUACUGAAGAUGAUGGAAGCCUUGGAGAAUUAAUAGUGGGGCCGUAYGACAGCACAGUGGUUUUAGAGGAGCUUAGGGCAGGAACUACCUAUAAGGUAAAUGUUUUUGGAAUGUUUGAAGGAGGAGAGAGCAGCCCUCUGGUUGGACAAGAGAUGACCACUCUGUCAGAUACUACUACAGAGCCCUUCCUAUCUAGAGGUUUAGAAUGUAGAACCAGAGCAGAAGCUGACAUUGUACUGCUGGUGGAUGGCUCUUGGAGUAUUGGACGACCAAAUUUUAAAACUAUCAGGAACUUCAUUGCCCGAAUUGUUGAAGUUUUUGAUAUUGGCCCUGACAAAGUACAGAUUGGUCUUGCACAGUACAGUGGAGAUCCCAGGACGGAAUGGAACCUCAAUGCUUACAGAACCAAGCAGUCUUUGUUAGAGGCUGUAGCCAACUUGCCAUAUAAAGGAGGAAAUACUCUAACAGGAAUGGCCUUGGAUUUCAUCUUAAAAAACAACUUCAGACAAGAUGCAGGCUUAAGGCCCAGAGCUCGCAAAAUUGGUGUUCUCAUCACUGAUGGCAAAUCRCAAGAUGAUGUAGUCACUCCUUCAAGAAGGCUCCGAGAUGAGGGAGUAGAACUUUAUGCCAUUGGUAUUAAAAAUGCAGAUGAAAAUGAACUGAAGCAGAUUGCAACGGAUCCAGAUGACACUCAUGCAUUCAACGUCGCCGACUUCUCCUUCCUGGCUAGCAUUGUUGAUGAUGUAACCACAAAUCUGUGCAACAGUGUGAAAGGCCCAGGUGAUUUGCCACCUCCUUCAAACUUAGUUAUUUCAGAAGUGACACCUCGUUCUUUCAGACUAAGAUGGACUCCACCUUCUGAGAGUGUGGAUAGAUACAGAGUUGAAUAUUACCCUACCUCUGGAGGCAGACCCCAGCAGUUUUAUGUAAGUCGGAUGGAAACUACGACAGUUCUAAAAGAUCUGAAACCUGAAACAGAAUAUGUUGUCAACGUGUUUUCUGUUGUAGAAGAUGAAAGCAGUGAACCUCUAAUUGGGACUGAAACAACUUUGCCAAUCUCUUCAGUUAGAAACCUGAAUGUUUAUGACAUUGGACCAACUUCUAUGCGAGUGAGAUGGGAACCUCUCAAUGGAGCUACAGCUUAUCUUUUAACAUAUGAACCUGUGAAUGCCACAGUUCCAACUGCAGAAAAAGAGAUGCGUAUGGGACCAUCAGUGAAUGAGGUUCAGCUGGUAGACCUCAUCCCUAAUACUGAGUACACUUUAACUGCUUAUGUAUUAUUUGGCGAUAUCACCAGCGACCCACUCACCUCCCAAGAAGUGACGUUACCUUUGCCUGGACCGAGAGGCUUAACAAUUAGGGAUGUUACUCAUAGCAGAAUGAAUGUCCUUUGGGAUCCUGUCCCAGGCAAAGUUCGGAAAUACAUCAUAAGAUACAAAGAUGCUGAAGAAGCUGACAUAAAGGAGGUGGAAGUUGACAGAUCCAAAACCAGCACAACUCUUACUGACCUUUCCUCCCAAACACUGUAUAAUGUAAAAGUUGUUGCUGUAUAUGAUGAAGGGGAGUCUCUACCAAUAUCUGCAGAAGCUGUCACUCAACCUGUACCAGCUCCAGUCAAUCUCAGAAUCACAGAUGUAACUAAGCACAGUUUCAGAGGAACUUGGGAUCAUGGAGCUCCAGAUGUGUCUCUGUAUAGAAUAACCUGGGGACCCUAUGGAAGCUCUGAAAAGCAGGAGACCAUCUUGAAUGGGGAUGAGAAUAGUUUGGUCUUCGAAAAUCUGAAUCCAGAUACGUUAUAUGAUGUCUCCGUUACUGCCAUCUAUCCUGAUGAAUCCGAAAGUGAUGACCUGAUUGGAAGUGAACGGACAUUACCAUUGGUGCCUAUAACCACACCAGCCCCAAAGAGUGGUCCACGAAACCUUCAGGUGUACAAUGCAACUUCACACAGUUUGACUGUGAAGUGGGAUCCUGCCAGUGGUCGAGUACAGAGAUACAGGAUCAUUUACCAGCCUAUCAGCGGAGAUGGCCCUGAACAAUCGACUAUGGUUGGAGGGCGGCAGAAUAGCGUAGUGAUACAGAAGCUGCAGCCUGACACACCAUAUGCUAUCACUGUGUCAUCAAUGUAUGCUGAUGGCGAAGGGGGACGAAUGACAGGCCGAGGCAGAACCAAACCUCUCACCACUGUGAAGAACAUGCGAAUUUAUGACCCAACCACCAGUACUUUGAAUGUACGAUGGGAUCAUGCAGAAGGAAGUCCUCGUCAAUACAAAGUGUUUUAUGUGCCUACAGCUGGAGGUGCAGAAGAAAUGACCACAGUACCAGGAAACACAAACUACGUCAUCCUGAGGUCUCUUGAGUCCAACACACCUUAUACUGUUACUGUGGUUCCAGUUUUCUCAGAAGGGGAUGGUGGACGUACGACUGAUACUGGAAGAACUUUGGAGAGAGGAACACCAAGAAAUAUUCAAGUUUAUAACCCCACACCGAACAGCAUGAAUGUCCGAUGGGAACCAGCUCCAGGUCCAGUACAGCAAUACAGAAUUAAUUAUUCUCCAUUGUCUGGCCCAAGGCCAUCAGAAUCUAUUGUGGUACCAGCCAACACUCGUGAUGUGAUGCUGGAGCGCUUGACGCCUGACACAGCUUACUCAAUAAAUGUCAUAGCUCUGUACGCGGAUGGAGAAGGAAAUCCAAGUGAAGCACAGGGAAGAACAUUGCCUCGCAGUGGGCCAAGGAAUGUGCGGGUAUUUGAUGAGACCACAAACAGCCUUUCUGUACAAUGGGACCAUGCUGAUGGACCAGUCCAGCAAUACAGAAUCAUUUAUUCACCCACUGUGGGAGAUCCCAUUGAUGAAUACACAACAGUUCCUGGUAUAAGAAAUAAUGUGAUACUACAACCGCUGCAGUCAGAUACACCAUAUAAAAUUACUGUUGURGCAGUAUAUGAAGAUGGAGAUGGUGGACAACUAACUGGAAAUGGAAGAACUGUUGGCCUGCUUCCUCCUCAGAACAUGUAUAUAUCUGAUGAAUGGUAUACACGAUUCAGAGUUUCCUGGGAUCCUUCACCAUCCCCUGUUCUGGGCUAUAAGAUUGUAUACAAACCAGUUGGUUCAAAUGAUCCAAUGGAGGUUUUUGUUGGAGAAGUGACUUCCUAUACCCUGCAUAACUUGUCUCCCAGUACUACAUAUGAUGUGAAUGUUUAUGCCCAGUAUGAUUCAGGAAUGAGCAUACCUUUGACAGAUCAAGGCACUACAUUAUAUUUGAAUGUCACAGAUCUAACAAGUUACAAAGUAGGUUGGGAUACUUUCUGUAUUAGAUGGUCGGCUCACCGGUCAGCAACUUCCUAUCGACUGAAGCUAAAUCCAGCUGAUGGAUCUAGAGGACAAGAAAUCACAGUACGCGGAUCAGAAACGAGCCAUUGUUUUACUGGCCUCUCACCAGACACCGAUUACAAUGCUACCGUCUUUGUUCAGACCCCCAACCUUGAGGGACCUCCAGUGUCUUUGAGGGAACGCACAGUUCUCAAACCUACAGAGGCACCAACACCACCGCCRACACCUCCUCCACCUCCUACAAUCCCUCCAGCUCGAGAUGUAUGUAGAGGUGCCAAAGCAGACAUAGUGUUCUUGACUGAUGCUUCCUGGAGUAUUGGUGAUGAUAACUUCAACAAAGUAGUGAAAUUUGUAUUUAAUACAGUAGGCGCCUUUGAUUUGAUUAAUCCUGCUGGAAUACAGGUUUCAUUUGUGCAGUACAGUGAUGAGGCAAAAUCUGAAUUUAAACUGAAUACAUUUGAUGAUAAAGCCCAGGCCCUUGGAGCUCUUCAAAAUAUUCAGUACAGAGGUGGAAAUACACGGACAGGCAAAGCCCUUACAUUUAUCAAAGAAAAGGUCUUGACUUGGGAGAGUGGCAUGAGGCGAGGCGUUCCCAAGGUACUUGUUGUUGUCACAGAUGGUCGAUCACAGGAUGAGGUGAGGAAAGCAGCAACAGUCAUACAGCAUUCUGGUUUCAGUGUCUUUGUGGUUGGUGUGGCUGAUGUGGAUUACAAUGAGCUGGCCAAGAUUGCCAGCAAGCCCAGUGAGCGUCAUGUAUUUAUUGUUGAUGACUUUGAUGCCUUUGAAAAGAUUCAAGAUAACCUCCUCACUUUUGUGUGYGAGACAGCUACCUCAACUUGUCCUCUUAUUUACCUGGAGGGAUAUACUUCACCUGGCUUCAAGAUGCUGGAUUCAUAUAACCUAACAGAGAAGMAUUUUGCUUCUGUACAAGGUGUAUCACUGGAAUCAGGCUCUUUCCCAAGCUAUGUAGCGUACAGGCUCCAUAAAAAUGCUUUUGUCAGCCAGCCAGUACGGGAGAUUCACCCAGAGGGACUGCCACAGGCUUACACUAUCAUUAUGUUAUUCCGCCUUCUGCCAGAAUCACCCAAUGAGCCUUUCGCAAUUUGGCAGAUUACAGACAGAGACUACAAACCACAAGUUGGAGUGGUGCUUGAUCCUGCCAGCAAAGUGUUGUCGUUCUUUAACAAGGAUACAAGGGGAGAGGUUCAAACUGUAACUUUUGAUAAUGAUGAAAUAAAGAAGAUCUUUUAUGGAAGCUUCCACAAGGUCCAUAUUGUUGUAACUUCAUCAAAUGUUAAGAUUUACAUUGACUGCAAUGAAAUAUUGGAGAAACCAAUUAAAGAGGCUGGAAACAUCACAACUGAUGGCUACGAAAUACUUGGGAAACUUCUGAAAGGUGACCGGAGAUCAGCAACAUUUGAAAUCCAGAGUUUUGACAUUGUGUGCAGUCCAGUUUGGACUAGCAGAGACAGAUGCUGUGACCUUCCUUCUAUGAGGGAUGAAGCAAAAUGUCCAGCUCUUCCAAAUGCUUGUACCUGUACUCAAGACAGUGUUGGACCCCCAGGACCUCCCGGACCAGCUGGUGGUCCAGGUGCUAAAGGUCCCAGAGGUGAAAGGGGUUUGACUGGAUCAUCUGGGCCACCUGGUCCUCGUGGUGAGACAGGUCCUCCUGGGCCUCAAGGGCCACCAGGUCCUCAGGGCCCCAAUGGUCUGUCAAUCCCAGGAGAACCGGGGCGUCAAGGCAUGAAAGGUGAUGCUGGCCAGCCUGGGCUGCCAGGGCGAUCGGGAACCCCAGGUUUACCUGGUCCACCUGGCCCCAUGGGACCUCCAGGUGAAAGGGGUUUCACAGGAAAAGAUGGCCCCACAGGUCCAAGAGGUCCACCAGGACCAGCGGGUGCUCCAGGAGUUCCAGGAGUUGCUGGCCCAAGUGGAAAACCAGGGAAGCCAGGAGAUCGUGGAACACCAGGUUCACCUGGAUUGAAGGGAGAAAAAGGUGACAGAGGAGACAUUGCUUCUCAGAACAUGAUGCGAGCAGUUGCCAGACAAGUCUGUGAGCAGUUGAUAAAUGGCCAAAUGAGCCGAUUCAAUCAGAUGCUGAAUCAAAUCCCGAAUGAUUAUUAUUCAAACCGUAACCAGCCAGGGCCACCAGGACCACCUGGUCCCCCAGGAGCUGCUGGGACAAGAGGAGAACCUGGACCUGGAGGAAGACCAGGGUUCCCAGGACCUCCUGGUGUCCAGGGACCACCUGGUGAAAGAGGAAUGCCUGGAGAGAAAGGUGAAAGAGGGACUGGAUCUCAAGGCCCACGAGGUUUGCCGGGGCCACCUGGUCCUCAAGGAGAAUCUAGAGCUGGCCCACCAGGCUCCACAGGAUCACGAGGACCCCCAGGGCCACCAGGUCGUCCAGGAAAUGCGGGUAUCCGAGGUCCUCCAGGGCCACCCGGAUAUUGCGAUUCAUCCCAGUGUGCUAGCAUCCCUUACAAUGGCCAAGGAUUCCCAGAAUCAUACGUGCCUGAAAGUGGACCCUAUCAGCCUGAAGGUGAACCCUUCAUAGUACCUAUGGAGUCAGAAAGGAGAGAGGACGAGUAUGAGGACUAUGGAGUUGAAAUGCAUUCACCAGAAUACCCUGAACACAUGCGCUGGAAAAGAUCGCUGUCAAGAAGUGCAAAAACAAAACAAUAAAAGAUCCGUGCCUUGUUUUGGUUUUUUUGGUUGCUGGUUUUUGUUUUUGCUAUACUUGCAUAGGCAGAUACACAUGGGGAGAGUGCAUCAUUUCUUUUGCAAUAUAGCUUCCUGCUUCUUUUCAUUUUUUU